UGUGAAGUUGUUUUGGAAUAUAAGACCAUUGUGUUUGUUUAUCCAUUAGCUACGCACAUGCGCAAACACUGGUAUUAUAUUUUGAUUUACACCAUGACGGAAAUGAGUCCUGGAUAAGUCAAUAUUUCAGGGCUAUAUAAAACAUGGCACACAUAGCUCAACUAGCAAAUGUCAAAUACAGGAACUGGGUUAAGGCUGGACUUGGUAUUAAGUACGUUAAAGAAGGCUUGAAACCAUUCUGUGACCACCUGGCUACACAACAACAUAUUGAUAUCCUGAAUAAAGUUAAACAGCCACACACUCUUGCAGCAGUGUCUUGUGGACAUUGUAAUAUACGGACUCUUCAGCCUAAUCAUGUACGAACCAGAAAUAAGCAGUGCCCUCUUGAUCAACGCGAUUGUAACUGCCAAUAUCCAGGCGGAAAAACGUUGUGUCCCAACAAUGUAUGUGGUGCCAUCUACGAUGAAAUCAUUCAACUUCACGCAUCAAUCCCUCCAGCGCCUUACUGGAAGAACACGGAUGCACGUCAAUGGUGCACUGAACCAUGGUCUGUAGCAAAGUGUUUCAUAAAUGCUCCAGGAUAUGAACACAAAACAAAAGCUAGUGAGUUCGAUUGCCCUGGCUUGUUACAUCUGCUGAUAAACAAUAAAGGUUUUCAACAACACAUCAAGUGUACAAUCUCUGGCACAGACGUUUUUUCAAGGGUACGCAAGUCUAGAAACGCUAUAUUUCAUUCCUGUACUAUGGAACUAGAAGAUGCUCAGGUUAACAAUUAUAUUGAUGAUAUGAUAGAACUAUUACAAGAUGAAACAGAACUCAAACACAGACAAGAAUCAAAAGAUGCAGUCAUAAAUCUUAAAGAGCUCAAACAGGCGAACUUCGCCAUAUCCACUUCAGACGAGGAUGAAAUUCGUCGCGUUGCCAUGGAUGCUCUUAGGGAACUUCAACAGAUGACAGCUGACGCAAGAAAUGAACUAAGAACUACAGCUGCUGAAGGCAAACUGCAGCUGGAAGAGAAAGGUUUAGUUAUUAAAUCCCAAUUCGAUCAGAAAAGCGAGAAAAUAGAAAAGGACCUCGAGCAUACAGGACAGAAUAUCAAAAAGAAAUUGGUGAGAGAAGCAGAAGAAAAUCUAGAGCAGAAACUUCAAGAAGCAAAGCUUCAGUUAGAGAGUCACAAAAACAUGAUUGAAUGUUCAAUGACGAAUACCACUGAGACUAGUAAAGAAACAGUCACUAACAAGAAGAAAGCAGACUUUCAGGAGAAGCUGUUCAAACUAUAUAAAACACAUGUCAGAAAAGUACAUCCGUUGCCCCGCCUACAUAAAAAGAAGAGGAAUGUAAGUGAUAUAUACGUUUCUCCCUGGAUGACAGCAGAAAUAUAUAAGGAAGAGUCUAAAAGAUGGGAAGAGGUUAAGAUUUCAACGCAGCAAAUAUUCAGAAAUGAUGAAAAGCCAGCAAAAAAUAUCUACGUAAUCGGAGAAGCUGGCUCAGGUAAAAGCACGUUUUGUAAAAUGCUGGUGCAUUUCUGGUGUAUCGCACCUCCAUAUCAGGAAUGCAGUUUAGACGAACGUUACAUAGUUGAAGAAAUGAAGAGAUUUGAUUUCUUAUUUUAUGUUACACUCCGACACGUUUCCGAUUGCAACAGUAUAGAAGAAAUGUUAAAGAAAUCAUAUAAUGGUCCUGUGCUUGGAGAUAUUUUACAAAAUGAUUCUGGUAAAUGCCUUAUUGUCCUUGACGGUCUGGACGAAUGGAACCCAGAAACAAAAGACAGUUUAAAAGUUAUGACCCCAGGACUUCCAGGACGCGAACUCGAUGCAGACUAUACUAUUAUUACAACUACAAGACAAUGGAAAUUUGAUGCCCUGCCAAUAGGUGAUAGCGAAGUAGAUAAAAAAAUCAAACUAAAUGGAAUUGAUAAAACUGAAAUGAAAAACCUCACUAUUAAAACAGUCGAAACAUUAAAUGACAUCUAUCAAAAAAGUAAAAAUGCAGGUGAGUGUUUAACUGAUCUUCUUAGAAGAAAUGUGUCCGACAUUAGCCAUACACCAUUGGUCUUGCAACAACUAAUCUGUCUAUGGUUUCAUGAUAAACUCAAAGACAAUUCGAAGUGUGCUAUGAACAGAGGUAUGUUAGACCUCUUUCUGGAGUGGAAAACACUUGGGACUUCUGAAAGUCAAGACCAGCUGUAUGCUAUCAAUACCACCAGUAGAAAUACACGGGUGAUACAGUAUCUUUCAUAUUUAGCGUACAAAACCCUGUUUGACAAAAAUAAAGAAACCACACUGACGUUCAGUAGUUCAACACUUACCCAGUUGAGCAUACCACAUGAUGUAAUAAAAGACUGUUUGGCCAGUGGCAUUUUAAAAGAAGAACGAAACGUAAGUUUGACGGAAAGUAUACAGUCAUCAAUUUCCUUCUUUCACAAAUCAAUGCAAGAAUAUCUAGCGGCAGUGUAUAUCGCCAGUCAGUUUAGAGAAAUGCUUAAACCGCAGACGGAUGAGCAUGAUCCUACAGAUGUCUGCAAAAAGUGCCUAGGGGAAUACUUCGGUAGUUGCAAAACGGUUGUUGAUAUUUUAGAAAAGUCAAACGUGUUAAUUAUGCUGUGUGGAUUAGAACCACAGUUGUUGACAAAUGUAAGUGAGUAUAUCUAUAACCUAACACGUGUUGACGAAAUUGUGGUUGAGGAAAGAAAUAAAGUAAUGACACUAUUCAGAUCGAGUCAUCAUAAAUUAAUCAGUGCUAUUCAAACGUGCAUUUUAAAGUGCAUUGAAGAAGGUAUGUCGAUUACAAAAAAAAUUCACUCAUCUGUUUAUAUUGCCGAUCUUUACGUUGACCCUUCAAUGGAUUUGCUACGUUAUGGUCAUAAUAUUAUUUUGAAAAAUGUUCUGUCGAUAGAAAUAGUAGAAGGUCCAUUCAGCAUAAUAGCACAUUAUAAGAAAGAUGAGAUGGAAGCAUUUUAUCUUGGCGUGAAACAUUUAAUAAAAUGCGAUCAAUUAAAGGUAAUUAAAUUUAGAUCCCAUAUCCAUAGUCACGACGGAAUUAAAAAUGAAGUUACUACAAUACUUGACACCAAUGUUCGCACUCUUGAAACUAUCCGUUUGAGAAACAAUGAUAUUAUUAUCAUAACACGUCUUGUUUCAAUAUUACCGACAAUGCGACAAUUAACUUCCCUUCAGUUGGACACUUGUGGAAGUCGUUUAACACAUGAUGAUGUUGUUCCGUUGUGUAAAUUCCUAGAGCAGACUACAAGGCUUCAACAUAUAUCGCUCGAUAUUUCUUGUAGUCAAUACGAUGAACACAUGAUAGACCUAUCAAAACAUGAACAACUUCAUCAUGUUGAUUUUUGGUGUAGUUCAUUCUGUUUGAUCAGUUGUAACAGUGACAAUCUAGAAACAUGUGUGCUUGAUGUUACAGGUCGUUCCAUGAUGAAACACGUGUGUAACAGUCUAUAUAAAGCACGUCAAUUAAAACAUCUUGAGCUGAAUUACACCGGCUAUAUAAGAACUAAGGGAACAGAAUACAGGACCGUUACUGAAAAUCUUAUAACACUUCUACCAUCAUUAGUCAGUCUCAGUACUUUAAGGCUAUGGUACAUUACUUUUACUGACAAUAUUAUAGCACGUCCGUGUGAUAUGAAGAAUCUGAAAGAAAUAACACUUCACUAUGCAACCAUGAGUCUGACAACGUGGUGCAUGUUUAUAGACAGUCUUUCUGAGCUGCCACAAGUAGUAAUGGUAAUAACAUUGGGCAUGGAUAUUAGAGAUGAGACAAUAUCUGGGUACAGUAUGUCUGAUAAAAAACAAGAAACAACUGCUCGCCAGUAUGUUAGAAAGAAAACGAAUUGUUUCCGUGUGACAAACGAUCGUACAAUUGAUUUUCAAUUUACUACAAAGAAAUUGUGACUCUGAAUAUGAGUUUAUUAUAAUGCUAAAAUAGAUCAUGUGAGUAGGCAAAAAUGUUGACAAUGUUUCAUGAAAAAAGUACAGCACAAAUGUUUCAUAUUAAGCUUAUAUUACAACAUUUCAUGCAGGACCUUUACAAAAUUAUGCAUUUUAGUUCAGUGUAAAAAAAUGAAGUACUUCUAGAACUUUUUUUUUUCCAUUUUCAAACUGUAAGAAAAACAUCUUUAUUUGUGAGUUAUUGUUAUAAAACCCAAAACAUUUUACUUCGGAUAGUUCUAGUCUGUAUAUAUAAUUACAAUAACACGUUUACAUAAUCUACAUGAUAUACAUGUACAUAUGACAAAUAGAUUUACCGCGUUAAUCACGCAAUACCUAUUUGAUAUGAAAUAGGAAGAUUUUAGUUGUAAAAUACUUUUAUCACAUUUAUAAUUCGAAAAUUUUAGUUUAUAUAUUUUAUAUUAUAUACGUGUACUUGCUUUUUGUUUAACUACAUUGACAUAAUAAUGUAAUGUACAUGUAGCUGCUCGCCACUUUAUAGUUGAACUUACUCAUAUGUUCGCAUGAUUGUGCUCUAACAGAUUAUUCUGUGCUUAUUAUUCAGACUACUUUAUGAUAGUUGUAGCACUUUCGAUAUGGCUGGCAAAUAUUACUUGACACCAGAACUAAAUUUUCGUACAGCAAAAUUUAAUUUUGAACAAUAGACCGGUCUAUAGCACAAACUGUGGACUGACUAUAUGUGUUAUAUAUCAUAAUUUGACAUAAGUAAGUUAGACAUUAAGUAAAUAUUGUUACAUGUAUAGAGAACGUCUUUUACAGCAAAUAAAUAAUUUUCACCUA